AUGCCUAACCAGCCUCUUCGUGUCGCCGUCCUCCUCAGCGGUGGCGUCGAUAGCAGCGUUUCCCUCAGCCUCCUUCACGCUGUUGGACACUCCUGUACCGCUUUCUAUCUCAAAAUCUGGUUCCAGGACCACAUGUCUAGUCGUUUGCUGCAGCUGAUAAAGGCAAAAGCAAACUGCUAUUUGUCAGGUAUUGAACUAGAAGAUAAGACCGAGUUCAUUGAUUUGGAAGAAGUUCGCAAACUUGCCACACAAUUUGAUUUGCCAAAUAAAGAUACAAAGGAUUCACAAGGAAUAUGUCUUCUUGGGAAGGUAUACUUUCUAGUCUGCUCGUUUGGAGAGAUGGAAGAGGUUAUAUUGGAAGCUGAAACUGGCGAUUUCCUCGGUAACCAUCGGGGGUUUUGGUUUUACACUAUUGGACAACGCCGAGGCUUGCGUUUACCCAGUGGACCCUGGUAUGUUGUUGAGAAGGACACCAAGAACAAUGUCGUGCGAUGGCUACUUGGCACGGAUAAGUUGAGUUUACAGGUCCGGCAUGGGCCUGGCUUCUACGGGUGCAGCUUUGAAAUUGAAGCAGAAGGAGAUGUUGCGGUUGUACACCUAGAUGAAGAUGACCACGGUCUACCUGCUGGACAAUUUGCAGCGUUCUAUGAAGGAACCACUAUAUUGAGCUGA